UAUUACCAUGUCGUGGACUUGAUGGACAUUGCUGCAGGCUCUAGCUCACGCUUUGUCGCGCAACCAUGAUAGUCACGCUAGCAAAUUAAAUAUAAAAACCAAUCGAGAACGUAAAAGAACAACAAUUUAAAAAAGCCUUUUUAGCACAUUUCCAAUAGAUUCGCGAGCUUUGGACAACCGGCGAACGUCACAUACACGCCGAUCUACCGGCUCGGAGAAGCUAAUUACGCUAAAACCUUAGCUAAACUGUAAUACAUAAGAAAUAAAUAAAUCAACAUUAAUGGCCACUGUGGCGAUUCCCGCUUGCACCACUGCUCUUUUGCUGGAUAUCGAGGGCACAACCACUCCAAUCACCUUUGUAAAGGAUAUUCUGUUUCCAUACAUACGGGAGCAUCUUGAAGAUUAUCUGUCAGAUCACUGGGAGGAAGAUGAGUGCAAACAGGAUGUUCAUCUUCUCAAAAAACAGAUCGAAGAGGACACGAGGCAGAACCGGGCGCGUCCCGUCCACGCCGUGGACCAGACGGUGCACACGGAUGAGGAGAAGGCCAUCCGGGAGGUGGUGGACGACGUGCUGUGGCAGAUGGCCGCCGACCGCAAGUCCACGGCGCUCAAGCGGCUCCAGGGUCACAUGUGGCGAGCGGCGUACUCGUCGGGCACAAUCAGAGGCGAGAUCUACCAGGAUGUGACGCAAUCCAUCCGAAGGUGGCGAGGGCACGGCCUCAAGGUCUUCAUCUACUCGUCGGGCAGCGUGGAAGCCCAAAAACUCCUCUUCGCACACUCGGUAGAGGGCGAUGUUUUAGAUUUAUUUGACGGUCACUUUGACACAGCCGUCGGCGCCAAGGUGGACGCCAAAAGCUACGAAAGAAUCGCAGAGAGGAUCGGCUGUCCGCCAGGGGAAAUCACCUUCCUGACGGAUGUCACCCGCGAGGCCAAAGCUGCGGAGGACGCCGGCGUCAACGCGGUGGUGGUGGUGCGGCCGGGUAACAUUGAACUGACAGAAGAAGAAGCGGCGCACUACCAUGUCAUCACGUCCUUCGGCCAGCUGCAAGUGACGGGGCGACCUUAACCGAGGCGCCAGAAAAACCUCAAGUAUACUAAUAUACAGUAUA